CUCCGAGGCGGCGGGGCGACGGUGCUGCUGGGCCCAAGAUGGAGCUCCCGGCGCUGCUCGCCGCCCCGGCCCCGCGCGGAGCCCAACAUGGCGACGGCGGCGGCCCCGGCCAGCAGCGCAGAGGUCCUGCGCCGCCCGGCCCCGGCCCCGCGCGCCGCCGCCUGCUGCUGCUGCGGGGCCCCGAGGACGGCGCGCCGGGGCCGCGGCGCGGGGAGGCCGGGGCGGCGGCGGCGGGCCCCGCGCCCAGCCCGCCCCACGAGGACGGCGGCGACUCCUUCGUGGUGCUGCUGGAGGUGGCGCGCGCCGGCUCGGACGAGGUCCCCGGGCGGCGGGAGCCCGUUCCCGGCGUCGCCGCGAGCCCCGCCCGCCGCCCGCCGCAGGGCCCCACCGGCGCGGCCGCCUCCCCCGGGCCGGGCGGCGACCCCUCGCACGGCCGGGACCUGCUCGUGCGCCUCGACCGCGGCGUCUUCACGCUGGCCGCGCCGCCCGCGCCGCCGCCCCAGGGCCCGCCCGCGCCGCCCAGCGAGGAGGCCGCGAGCCCGGACGCGCGCCGCCGCGGGCCCCCGGGCCCUGGCUACCGCUGCCCCGAGCCGCAGUGCGCGCUCUCCUUCGCCAAGAAGCACCAGCUCAAGGUGCACCUGCUCACGCACGGCGGCAGCCAGGGCCGGCGGCCCUUCAAGUGCCCCCUGGACGGCUGCGGCUGGGCUUUCACCACCUCCUACAAGCUCAAGCGGCACCUGCAGUCGCACGACAAGCUGCGGCCCUUCGGCUGCCCCGUGGGCGGCUGCGGCAAGAAGUUCACCACCGUGUACAACCUCAAGGCGCACAUGAAGGGCCACGAGCAGGAGAGCCUGUUCAAGUGCGAGGUGUGCGCCGAGCGCUUCCCCACGCACGCCAAGCUCAGCUCCCACCAGCGCAGCCACUUCGAGCCCGAGCGGCCCUACAAGUGCGACUUUCCCGGCUGCGAGAAGACUUUCAUCACAGUGAGUGCUCUGUUUUCCCAUAACCGAGCCCACUUCAGGGAACAAGAACUCUUUUCUUGCUCAUUUCCUGGAUGCAGCAAACAGUAUGACAAAGCCUGUCGCCUGAAAAUUCACCUGAGAAGUCAUACAGGUGAAAGACCUUUUAUUUGCGACUCGGACAGUUGUGGCUGGACCUUCACUAGCAUGUCUAAACUCCUAAGGCACAAAAGGAAGCACGACGACGACCGGAGGUUUACCUGCUCUGUGGAGGGCUGUGGGAAGUCGUUCACGAGAGCGGAGCAUCUGAAAGGCCACAGCAUCACACACCUGGGCACAAAGCCUUUUGAGUGUCCUGUGGAAGGGUGCUGUGCGAGAUUCUCCGCUCGCAGCAGUCUCUACAUCCACUCCAAGAAACACCUACAGGACGUGGGUGCUCCGAAGAGCCGCUGCCCGAUCUCCAGCUGUAACCGACUCUUCACCUCCAAGCACAGCAUGAAAGCGCAUGUGGUCAGACAGCACAGCCGGCGCCCAGAUCUCUUCCCUCAGCUAGGAGCUCCGAGUUCUCUGACGCCCAGCAGUGAACUGGGCAGCCCAGGCCAAAGCGAGCUCAACAACAUAGACCUGGCGGCGCUCUUCUCCGACGCACCUGGCGACGGGGGUAGUGCAGUGGGGGCCUCAGACGAGGCACUGAACUCCGGAAUCCUGACUAUCGACGUAACUUCUGUGAGCUCCUCUCUUGGGAGGCACCUCCCUGCUAAUAAUAGUUCCUUAGGGCCAGUGGACCCACUGGUCUUGGUGGCCCACAGUGACACUCCUCCAAGCCUGGACAGCCCUCUUGUUCUCGGGACAGCGUCCACAGUUCUUCAGCAAAGCAGCUUCAGUAUGGAGGAUGUGCAGACUGUAAGUGCAGGAGCACUAGGCUGUCUGGUAGCUCUGCCUGUGAAGAACUUGGGUCCGGACCCGGGGGCAUUGACCUCCAGCAGUAAUUUAGCAGCUAACUCCACCACACUGAUCUCUUCAAGUGCUCCCCAGGGAAACACCGGUGUCCCAGAGCUGCUGGCUCCGAUCAAAGUGGAGCCGGCCUGGCCUCCUGGCCCUGAGGCUGUCAGGCAGCAAGAAUGCAGCAGAGGGGCGUCCCCGACUGUGCUCUCCAGCUCUGCGGAGAAGCCCUGUCCUCAGAGAGAUGCGGGGCUCAGUGCAGGGACCGGCAACUUAUAUUUGCUGUGUGACGUUGGGCUGCCUCGAUUCUCUGAGCACAGAUGGUGUGUGGUGAAUGGGUUACAGGAAAGUGGGGGCUCAGCAAGAACUGAUUCCCGAGCCAUUCAACUAGCCAAGAACAAAAAGCAGAAAGGAACUGGGAGCAACGCAGGAGCUCCAGGGUCUGCUCAGAGGAAAAUGAGAGAUGGCAGAGUCAGUCCUACUCACUUCCCUGCGAGCCAGGGCGGGUGGCUGUGCGGGAACCUCGUGGUGCCCAGCGGAGGGCUGCCAGCCCCAGCUGCAGCAGCCAGGGUGCAGUGCGUUCAGGUCCAGCUGCUGCAGGAUGACCCAGCAGGUGAAGGAGUCUUGCCAGUGGCCCUCAGCCCGCAGCCUUCCACCUUCCACCCCCUGUUCGCAGUCGAUUUGCCCGUCUACGUCCUCCAGGAGGUGCUUCCUGCAGCUGGUGGGGCUGCUGGGCCUGAGGACAUGCAGUGCCCAGGGAGCACGGUCAACCUACGGGACCUGCAGUGAAAGCUGCCCUCUGCCUGGGGACCAAGGGCAACACCUCCAUCUCUGUGCCCCCACAACUCUCUUCCGUGGUCUUGCAGGCCUGGGUGAGACCUUGGUUUCUGCUCACAAGGGCAGAGACUUUUGGGUACACUUAUCGAAAAUCUUUUUCUUACGUUUUAUCAGGAACCAGUUUGGGGCUGUACUAUUUGAAACUGCCUUGUACGAGCAGAGUGCUUUGAUGAGGCCAGGACUGCCUUCAGAGCAAAGCGCGCCGCUUUUCCGUACUGGGCUGCGCGUGGACAUCCCUUGUCUCAUUCGAUCUGAGCCGUGGAGCACUUGUUCAUUUAAAGAAACAAACUGUACAGGAAAAUAGGGUAGAGUUGGGUUCCCUAAUCAAACACGACUUUCUCUGUAGCAAAACCAAAUGGGGUCUUUCAGCUUCUGUGUUGUAGCAUCUGACCUGAGAGAGGUGGAGAAACCCUGUCUUCCCUCCUGAGAGCUGUGAAUAGGCCAUCUCACCACACCUUGGCUGGUGUUCCUAGUCGGGUUGAUUUUUGUCACACUGUAGGGCAGAAGUGGUCCCUUUGUCACAGUGAGGCCAAAUUCUUAUGCAUGUUCUGGCAGGCCAGGUGGGCAGCCGGUGUGAGAGGAAAAUAAUGGGGGGUGACAUGGGGCACAUUGGGGCCUCUUAACACGUCUUUAGCAUAGACCAGAUUUAGAGCUCAUAGUUUGGGAAUGGUAGAGUUAAAACUUUUAAAAUUUUCUAAAUUCUGUAUUUGGGUAUUAACAUUUAAUAAUAAUUUGACAAUGGUUUAUAAAAUAAUGUUCUGAAUACUGUAAAUUAUGUGUAGGACUAUAAUAAUGGCAUGUGUCUGUUUUUUAUUGUUGAGGUUGAAGAUGUGCAUAUAAUACAUCACCGUAUAUUUUUACAGAGUAAGGUCUGUCUUGCAAAAGGAGACGAGUUGAUAACCUUGCACAUAUUUAUUUGCUAAUUAGCAGACUGGACACACUCAGAAAUGUUUUUUUUUUUGCCUUUUGAAGUGUAUGUUGAUUCAGAUGCUGUUUUGGUUCUCAGACUUGGAGUCAUCCAAACUGCCCGUUCUGUGUUUCUUCGUUUUGGACUUUGGCUUCUGGGAGUGACCUCAAUGUUUGAUUGUAAUUCCUCUCUCUGUCCCGCUCUGAGGUGCUGUCUGCCCAGGGUGUUUCUCCACCCGGAGGGAUCCCAGCCCCAUUUGUAAGUGGUUCUUACCCACAGAACUCUGUGCUGUGUCACAGACUAAUGUUCUGUGUCCACCUGGCACCUCAGCCUCCAGGUCGUCCAGAACCCCCCUCCCUCUGUGAGGAGCCAGACCUGUCUGCCAGGCUGGCCUUGGGAGCCAGGUGGCCCGGUGACUUGUCACACCACACCGUCCUCCUGGAGGGAGGAGGGUCAGGGCCCCAGGAAUGCUGUCUCUUGGGAGCAUGUCGCUGGACCUUUCUCCCACACGUGCCCCAGGGAAUGUCCACUACGAAGUGAUUGGUGCUGGCUGUCAGUUUUCUGGGCGCUGAGGUUGCCUGCUGGCAAUGGGCCCAACUCCUAGUGCAAAUGAAUAAAGGUUUUUGUAUAGUCAUGCA